GGCCGGCCGGAGGCAGUGGCCAGCGGGCCGGGGCGGCCACAUGGCGCGCUCCGGGCGACGGCAGCCGCGCUUUGUUUCCACCGGCGAGCGGCGAGUCACCGGCCCCCGCGGUCCCGAAGACCGGCACACGCUCGGGCCAAGGCUGCUGCACAUUUCACGGCGGGGGCAGCUCCCGGAGCGGCCGCUGCUUCCUCCCCUUCUCCACCUCUUCCCCCUCCGCCUCGGCCACCACCGCCGCCGCCGCCGCGCAGCGCCGCGGCCGCCGCCUCCGCCUCCCGCCUCCGCCCAGUCCCCUCCUCCUCCACACGCGAACUUAGUCAGCGGUUCGCGCCGCCGCGCGCCGAUUGGCCGGCGGAACGCGCCGCGUCACAAUGGAGCCGCUCGGAGGCGGCGAGCCCGGCAGCGCUGGGGCUUCCCGCUGAGCCCGCAGCAGCCGUCAGCCGAGAAAGUGCCGGCGCGGGGCCGCCGCCGGCGCGCCCGGAGCGGCGCGGGGCGCACGCGGCGCGGAGCGCGGGCGCCGGGGGCCGGGGUCGCGCAGGAAUUUUUCAAAUAGAAACUAAUUGCAGAGUUUCCAGUUGACCACCAUUCAUAGGAUGAAGGUAUAGAUCCUUUGAUGUCUUCAGUAUAUCCACAUAGCCCUGCUGAUCCGCUGAGUUGACUUUUUUAAAAGCUAACAUGAGAUCAGCUACUUCUCUCCUUAAGGCUCUUCAGUGUCUUUCCCAUCACUCCUGGGCUGUUUCUUAUCCAAACUCUGUGUAUUGUCUGCAGGCCCUCUCACUCCUCUGCUUUCCCCAGGUUCCUGACAUUCCAGCCUGGGGCCUCCUUUCUGAUCACCCAUUCAUAAGCUUCUUCCUCCUUCUAUGUGGAAUGAUCUUCCCCAAUAUCAUUGCAUGGCUGGCUCCAUUCAGGUCUAAAGAGGCCUUCCCUGUCUGCCCACUCUAAAGGAGCUCUAGGAGCACCUGGGCAGCUUAGUCAGUUGAGCGUCCAACGUCAUGACCCUCAGGUCACAAUCUCACAGUUCAUGAGUUUGAGCCCCACAUCGGGCUUGGGUUCACUGCUGUCAGCGCAGAGCCCCCUUCAUAUCCUCUGUCUCUCUCUC